AUGUGGGUGGUGUUAGUCGUAGGCAUUUUGAACAAGGAGUACGAUAGUGGAAAUGUUGAUGAGCUUCAGGAACGGCUUCGAGCGAUCCCAGGAGACUUACACCGGCUAUUCCGGGAUAUCUUAAUUCGUGACAGCCGCGAAAACGGGCGGUUACUGCUAUGCAUUCAGUGGGUCCUGUUUGCGAAGGAACCAUUGACGCGAGAACAACUCUACUUUGCUAUUCAUUCUGGUAUUAAACCUUUGUCAGCAUGGGAUCCUGAUAUGAUAACACCAUCCGUUAUGGACCGAUAUGUUCUCGAUUGCUCUAAAGGACUUGCUGAAGUCACCAAGGGCAAAACACAAACAGUCCAAUUCAUCCACGAGUCAGUCAAUGACUUUCUCUUGAGAGAGAAUGGAUUAAUGGAAAUCUUUUCAGACCUUGGAACGAAUUUUCAAGGACAAAGCCAUGAGCGUUUAAAACAAUGUUGCCUCACGCAGAUGACUAUCGCCACCGGGACAAAUCUAGGGCUCUUUCUCCCCAAAGCAUCGUCUCCAGAAGCUACACAGCUCCGUCAGUCUGUUGAUAGAGAAUUUCCAUUCUUGAAAUAUGCUAUUCAAAAUGUUUUGUACCAUGGAGACGCGGCUGAAGGAGGCGGUGUCAACCAGUUAGGUUUCAUCCAGACCUUCCAGCUUGACCGAUGGAUUCCGCUUUACAAUCUGUUCGAAAAGUAUCAAGUGCGCCGGUACACUCCCGACAUGAGCUUCCUAUCCAUAUUGGCAGAACAUAAUCUGGGAAAUCUCAUUAGCAUCCAUCCAUCGAAUCUAUGCUGCUUUGAAGUGAUGAGCGGCCGUUAUGGGGCGCCAAUAUUUGCAGCGCUGGCUACAAAUAGCGGCGAAGCGGUCCGCGCCUUUCUAGAGGCUCAAGUGCACGCGACACCCCCAACAUCUUUGCUCCGCAUAGCGUACAAGCAGUAUUGUCAAGAUGCAAAUAAACAGGUCAGUUUCAGACGUAAUUUUGUCUUUAACCGAGAGAGGGGGGUACCCUUUCACCUCCUCCAACAAGAUGAUGAGGUGAUCCUUAUGGCCUUCCUAAUUAGAUCAGACCAAAUCGACAUUGAUUUACAAGACGUUUUUCAACGGACACCACUAUCACGUGCUUCUAGUAUGGGCCAGCAGGUUAUCGUGAAGUGGCUUAUUGAGAAUGGCGCUGAAUUAGACUCAAAAGACCGCUUUGGCCAGACACCGCUGUCAUAUGCUGUUGCCAAUGGACAUGAGGCUGUCUUGAAUUCACAGGAUGCAAAUGACAUGACUCCACUGUUAUAUGCCGCCAGUAAUGGGCAUGAGGCCAUUUUGAAUUCACAGGAUGCAAAUGACAUGACUCCACUGUUAUAUGCCGCCAGUAAUGGGCAUGAGGCCAUUUGUAAGCUGCUUCUUGAGAGUGGUGCUGAAGUGAAUUUACAGGAUGAAGCUGGCAAUACUCCACUUGCACGGGCGGCUGCGUGUGGACACGAAGGAAUUGUGAAGGUCUUGCUGGCUGUCGACCGGAUUGAUGCUGACAGAAGAGAUGCGUUUGGUCGAACACCGCUAAUCUUGGCUAUUUUGGACGAUCAACUAGCGAUCGUUAGAGUGCUCCUCAAGUCUGGUAGAGUCAAUGUGAACGCCUUGGACGAUGAGAAAAGAACCCCACUGUUGUUGUUGUUGUUAAACAAAUGCAAAACUGUCACCGUCGUCCACCACGAUGAACGGGGCACAUUUGUGGCCAUCGAGAACAUAGAACCUACAUAUCUUUCAUGGAAUGCCCAAAAUACCCGGGAAGAGAUUGCCAGAUUGCUUGUUGACAAUGGUGCUGAUGUUAACCUGAGCGACUGCGAUGGUCGGACACCACUAUCAUUCGCCGCUGAGAGGAGCAAUGACAACACUAUCACGAUGCUACUUGAAAAAGGUGCAGCAGUCGACGCGAAGGAUAAUACUGGUCGGACACCAUUGUCGUGGGCUGCUGAGAAUAGCAACAACGAGAACGGCAUUAGAAUCCUACUUGACAAUGGUGCAGCACUUGAAUCUAAGGAUGACGUUGGCCGGACGCCAUUGUCGUGGACUGCUGGUCGAUGCAAGAACUAUGUCUUUCAUGUACGUGCUUGGGGGUAUUAUAACCCAUGGAAUAGUGAGGGGUGGAAUGACAUGAAUAUUAUGAGGAUCCUACUUCAGGCGGGUGCAAAUGUGGAAUCAAGGGAUAUUAAUGGUCGGACGCCACUAUCAUGGGUUGCUCAGAGUUCGCAUACAGAAAUUUUUCAAGUUCUCCCUGAAAGGGAAAAUGACACAGGCAUCAUGUCUCCACCGCGGGCCUCAAACCCUUCCACUCGGUCCAUUCGUGAUAUCACAGAGCUCCUUCUUGAGAAUGGUGCUGAUCUCAAUGCGAAAGACCACCAUGGCUGGACCCCACUGCGAUGGGCUAAUGAUUGUGGUAAUGAAGACGCUGCCAAAUUCCUCGAAUCUGCCGGUGCCAUACAGUAAACCGGAAUUCAUUUCAGAAUUCCAUAUUUUUGUCAUGAGUAUGCAGAUUGCCAAAACUCUACACGGCUAGCUGGAUACCCUCUCUUGCGGCCCAUUCCUGCGGAAGACCGCUAUUCUUUCGUUCCAUCCGGGUCUCAGAAUUCGGUAUGGCUUGAAUUGCUCUAGCCUAUCUACAAUCCUUGAGCCCAUAUGCCCUAGCAGCAUCAACUCCCCCAUCCGCCUGCGGGAGGGCUUUCAUCACUCAGCAGCUUACUUGGGCUGCGCACGGUGGGCAGCACCCCCGUUCAAAUAGGAUAUCUUAGUCCAGCCCAUCCAAA